CACAUCCAGAGCAAGAACCAGGAAGUGAAAGUAUACACAUGGAGGGUGUGUCGUUCCCUGCCAGUGUAUGUUUUUAUUUUUAAAAACACAGUCCUCCUCGGAUAGAAUAAAUGGGGGACUCGGCGAGGACCAAGCGGCGGGAGCAGCUGAAGCGCUGGGCCGGCUCCGGCACCGACAAAGCGUCGGCCGUACCUCGGCGGAGGUGGCGGGGCGACGCCGAGAACGGAGCAAGGGAGACAGAGGCCGAGCUCUGCGACCCGCCGAGGGAACAUCAAGUGUCGGGCAGAGAUGGAACCAGCCCCUUACUGAAGAGACGCAAAAGCGUGAGGUUUGACAGGGCUGCAGAGUUCCUGGCAGCCUGUGCCAGCGGGGACACAGAGGAGGCCGAGAUAAUGCUGAUGGAGGCCAAAGAGACCAAAAAGAACAACGAGGAAGACGCGCUUGAAAUUAUCAACUGUUCCAACGCUGAUGGCAUCACUGCUCUCCACCAGGCCUGCAUAGAUGGCAGCAUGGAGAUGGUGUCCUUCCUUUUGGAGCAUGGUGCCAGCGUGAACCAGGUGGACAGUGAGGGAUGGACACCGCUGCACGUCGCUGCCUCCUGCGGCUACCCUGACAUCGUAGAUUUCCUUUUGCGGGAUGGAGCAUCUCUCUCUGCUGUGAACUGUGAUGGUGACGUUCCUCUGGACAUCGCUCUGGAUGAGGCCACAGAGUCUCUUAUUCAGGGCUACACUCUGAGACAGGGUGUGGAUUUGGAGGCAGCUAAGCGGCUGGAGGAGGAACACAUCAUGACAGACGCCCGGACCUGGCUGGCUGAGGGCCUACCUGCCGAUGUACGACACCCCAGGACUGGAGCCACCCCACUGCAUGUGGCUGCAGCCAAAGGCUAUGUGGAGGCUCUAAAGAUAUUGUGUCAGUGCGGGCUGGAUGUCUCGGCUACAGACUUUGAUGGCUGGACGCCUCUUCAUGCAGCAGCACACUGGGGUCAGGGAGAGGCCUGUCACAUUCUGGCUGAAAAGCUGUGCAAUAUGGAGGCCCGCAGCAACGCGGGUCAGACUCCGUUUGAUGUCGCUGAUGAAAGCGUGGAGGAGCUCCUGGAGGAUUUAUCACAGAAACAAGCCAAUUGGCGUAAUGAACAGUCUAUACUGGAAAGGCAAAACCAACAGGGCCCCAAUGCUGCAAACGCACAAAACAAACGGCGGAGGAGCUCCGUGUGCAGGAUGAGCAGUAAAGACAAGAUGAACGUGCAGGACCAGUCUAAAGAGAGGGGUAUAUCAGGAGGAUUGGAGCUCAAUGAGGAGAAAGAGAGCAGCCCAGAAAGCUCCACCAUGUCCAGUCCAGACACUGAGAGUGUGACCACAUCCACCGUCAGCCCUGCUGACAAGACACCAGAGGAGAAAGAUGAAGAGGAGAAGGAGCAGGACAAGGCCAACCGCACUGCCAGAGUCCAGCCCACUCCUCAGACGAGGGACGCCAACGCCGAGAGUCCCAACACCCCCAGCACUGACCGCCGCAAGUUUCAGGCUCCAGUCAGAGACGAGGAGUCGGAGUCUCAGAGGAAAGCUCGUUCUCGACUGCUGCGUCAGUCUCGCCGCUCCACGCAGGGCGUGACUCUGACAGACCUGAAGGAAGCGGAGAAGACCGUGCCCAAAGCUGCUGAUCCUCCAGCUCGUAACAUCCAGCCCGUCAGCCCCAUCAUCACCCUGACGCCCGCCGAGAGAGAUACAGACACGGUGAAGCAGGUGGAGCAGGAGGGAGAGAAGCGUCUGGGAGUGAAGGACAAGAGGAGAGCGAGGAGGGAGAGACGCUCCACUGGCAUCGUCCAGAUCGGCGGAGAGAAUGAAGAUGAGGAUGCUCAAUCAGACGAUACAAACAGUAACAGCAUUUCCAAUGAGAGUCAACUGGAAGUCUCGUCAGCUGACUACAGAACGCUGUACUUAAAGGUAGUGCAGGAUAACUUGGCUCUGAAGGAGAAGCUGCAGGAGAUGGAGCUGCUGCUCAGCCAGAACAAAGUGGAGCUGGAAAGACUCAGACAGAGUCAAGAGAGCAGCUCUGACAGACCGGCCCUGCUGGAGCUGGAGAGAUUUGAGAAGUUGGCCCUCCAGAGGAAAGCAGUGGAACUGGAGGAUGAGCUGAAGGUUCUGGGAGACCUGAAAGCAGACAACCAGAGGCUCAAAGACGAGAACGCUGCCCUCAUCCGAGUAAUCAGCAAACUGUCAAGAUGAACGUUAAAAAAACAAAAAACAACAAAAAAUAUCUUGGUGGAUAAAAAAAAAAGUAUUACAGGAUUCUUCUUUAGUCCAACUCAGAAGACACAAACCAGGAACAGAGACAAUGACACAAACAGCACAUUCAAACAGUUAACUGGAAACAAUGUAUAGAUUUCAGGGUUAUUAUCAGCCUGUGUUUGGGCCUUUAUGUUUUGGCAGAUCUACUGUAUAACAAGCUGAACUGCACCUCCUUGUGGACUGACGGGGGACGUUCCUGUUCACGUCCACUUUUUUUUAUUCAGUUUUUAUCGUCGUAUUUUUUUAAAACUGGAAUAUUUUAAUGUGCUUUGCUCCUGCGAUACUUUGUAUAAAAUCUGUACUGAGAGAUUUAAAGCCAUGCACAGCGGGAGCUCACAGGAAUGUUUUAGAAAUGCUUUCGUUGGUUACUAGAAAAAAAAAGACAAAAAACAAACAAACAAACAAACACAAAACCCUACUUUAAUGUGCCAAAAAACCAGCCCCAGUUUUGCAUGUGGUCUGGGGAGGGAGGGGGGAGGGGGGGGGUACUCUAAGUGGUCAGUGUUGUUUCUCAGGAUGAGUCUGGGCCGAUGCUUUUUUUUUUUUCUAUUUUAGCUGACUGCUGUAAAAGGUGGACCAAAAUUUUGCAUGCCCAUCUCUCUCCCACUCCUCUGAAUCUCUGAAUGUGUAUUUAAUAUUCUGUAUAUAUUUAUGUACGGGGGGCCUUCUGUCCUGACACAGCCAUGUGAAGGUGUAGUCGCGGGGGGGAGGGAGGAUCUGUGUUGCAGCAAAGGACGCAGAGUUAAAGGGUGCUACUCGUGGAUGUCAGGUGGGACUGCUACAGAAAAUACUUGUUACAGCUCUUUGAAGAGUGGGGGUGGGGUGGGAUGUGUGGAGAAAAAAUAGCGCACGCUCUAUGCUUUAGUACUGUAAGUGAGUAGUCAUUUCACUUAAGUCUUUUGUGUUUUUUGACUGGACGCUUCUGAUGAAAGCAACGACUCCCAAGCUAAGUAUUCACCCUGUGACGGAUGGCUGUUAGUGUUCAACAGACAGGCCAGAGGGGUCAACUUCUGAAUGUUUACUCCAGUUUAAAGUAAAAAAAAAACAUUGUGCAUGUCAAAUAGUAUUUUUAUGCUGUGCCUUUCCAUAUACAUUUGUAAGUAAUAUUUCUAUUUUGCUUUGGCGAACGUACACUGUUGAGUAUAAAACAGUAUGGGCAUAAAU